AGUCUGAUGUUCAUUGUAGCAGAAUUGCAGUGCACUGGACUGUACAGAACAGUGUAGCAUACACUGUCUAUGAGGGGUGGGGUUCAGCUACACUAAAAUCACAAACACAGGCAGAUAGAGGGUGAGAGAGCGAGAGGGAGAGAAGAGGAGGGAGAGAAAGCACCUGAAGAGGAAUACAUCAAGGGAUGAAAGGAGACACCCCAGUGAACAGCACCAUGAGUGUCGGCCAAGCCAGGAAGCUGGUGGAGCAAUUGAAGAUUGAAGCCAGUUUCUGCAGGAUCAAGGUAUCAAAGGCAGCUGCAGACCUGAUGGCAUACUGUGAUGCCCACGCUAUUGAGGACCCCCUCAUCACCCCUGUGCCCACCUCGGAGAACCCAUUCAGGGAGAAGAAGUUCUUCUGUGCACUCCUUUGAGACAAACCACAGGAUGGUUGGGAAAAAUACUGUCCAGAUAGAACAUAACGUGCACUGAGUAUACCAAACAUUAGGAACAUCUUCCUAAUAUUGAGUUGCACACACCCACCCCCUGCACUCAGAACAGCCUUAAUUCAUCAGGGCAUGGACUCUACAAGGUGUCGAAAGCAUUCUCCACAGAUGCUGGCCCAUGUUGACUACAAUGCUUUCCAGAAUUGUGUCAAGUUGGUUUGAUGUCCUUCAGAUAGUGGACCACUCUUAAUACACACGCGAAACUGUUGAGCGUGAAAAACCCAACAGCGUUGCAGUUCUUGACACAAACUGGUGUGCAUGGCACCUACUACCAUAUCCAGGUCAAAGGCACUUUUUGUCUCGCCCUUUGACCUUCUAAAUGGCAUACAUACACAAUCUAUGUCUCAAUUAUCUCUUUAACCGGUCUCGUCUCCAUCUACACACGGAUUUAACAAGUGACAUCAACAUGGGAUCAUAGCUUUCACCUGGUCAGUCUCAUGGAAAGAGCAGGUGUUCUUAAUGUUUUGUAUACUCAAUGUACAUGCAUUCACCACAUACACAAAGCUAAAUAUAACUUAUUCAUGUAGCCUGCUUUAUCUUAUGAAAGGCUGCAGAUGUACAUAUCCUCCUAAGUAAAAUCAAGACUAAUUCAACCAAAAUUUACAUUUAGAUCUACAUAAACCAUUAAAAUAUAUUUGGAGUUAUGCGUAUACAUACCUAAAACAUCGAAGCUUAUAGAAUCAUGAACUGUAGCACAACAUAAAAGUGGAUAUACAUACAAUAUGUAAAACAGCUCAUAGUCCUAGCUCAUUUUUCAAAUAGAUGGAGGGGUGACAACUAAACAUAAAUUGUAAUUAUUUUAAUACACACUAGUCAUUGCCUAAUCUGAGUUUGUUAAAAAAUAAAA